AUGAGUUCGUGGUCAGCUAUUUUUAAAAUUGCAACUUUCACUCUUUUAUACUCAGUUGCUUAAUGUGGUUAUCUGUAAACAGCAAUGGAUUUAGUUUCAAGAGCCUAUGAACUACCAUAAAUGCAGAUUUCUAACGAACUAGAUACUAAGUUUGAUUAGACAGUGCAGAUAUUACUCAAUCCAAAGAGGAAAAUUCUAGUUUAAGAGCCAAGUGGUAAACACAGAGUGCAGUGCUCAUCUGAGUGGGUAAUUUAUAGAGAAGGCCAAACUCCCUAAUUUAAGACAGAGGCAAAAGAUUUUCAAGUGUUCCUUGAUCUUUUCAGAGUGAAUGAAGAUGAUUAAGAUGAGGAGACUAUUAAUAGAAAAGUUAGAAAUAGCAAAAAUAACUUGUUUGUACAACAGGAAUUAGGACCAAAUGUUGACGAAGUAUUGAUUUUAUUCGAUUAAAUUGCAGCAGGUGCAAGGCUUGCUACUACUGUUAGCAAUUAUUAGCCUUGUAGAGAUUCUGUAACUCCAGCGGUUAAUAAUUGGUGGUACUAUUUAAACUAUCAAGAAUAGGUUAAAUUAGGAUAAUAAAAAUAACUUGGCUUUUGGGCAUACACUGAUAACAUAACCAUGACCAUUUCAAAUUCAGCUGAUUUAGUUAACAAGUGCACUUAUUCAGGGUAAACAACUUUUGCGAGUCUUGCAACUUACUUCACAAAAUUUACUGGAUUCGGCAACUACAUUCUCUCAUUUGUUAUGAAUCUUGUAUCAAACACCUAGAAUCUCAUUAACGUGAUGAAUUCGAUUACAGCUGCAGACACAAACUGUGAUUUGCUAAAACUAUAUAAUGAUAUUGGAAAAAUCAUUAGAUAUGUAACAAAAGUAGACCCUGUUUCAGCUAGUUCCUUUGAUGAUACUUCUUUCCUAUCUAAACUUGAUAACAAAGCCAUAGCCUAAUAUGCUGAUAGAAUUAUUUAACUUAACCAAAAGUUUAGUGACAUGACAUCAGAUCUUUCAAGUUUCCUAUCUAAUUAAGAAGAGUUAUAAUAAUUGAAGUUCUACACUUUUGAGUAACUUUAUGAAGAAAAUUUUAACUAGAAACAUUUGACAUAAAAAAGAUUAUAAAAAGAAGAAAUACUGAGAGCUAAAUAUGGUAUGAUAGAUAGAAGGUAAUAAAUCUAGAAAUUUAAUUCUAUUCCUACAGUGUAAGAUACAAAAUUCCUAACAAAAGCUUACUAAUAUACAAAUAUGACAUAUGGCUUUUUAAAUGGAACUGGCUUAUUUGGAUCAGCAAAUACUACCCAAUGUCAAGCUAACUAGAUUAGGUAUCUUUAACUAUUACUAGACAAAAUUCCUCUGAGCUUGAUUGGUGGAAAACCCUGGGAUCUCAUUUAUGGUUUAAGUGAAUUAAUGGCUAAGCUAUUUCCAUUGUAAAGUACAUGUAGAUUUGGCUAUGAUGAUCAAGUAAAGUAGGUAAAAAAAUAUCUAGCAGGUUAUUAAAAUUGGUGGGAUUUCUUAGAUACCUUUUCUUUCAACUUUGGCUUGUUUUAUGAUAGUAUCGUGACGGCCUUCACUUCAGUGACUAAUUUAAACUAUUUUAUGUCAGGCUACUCAGUCGGGCGCACUAUAUAUCUAUUGUUUUUUAUGGCAUGA